AUGAUAAGGGGUUUUAACACGGCCGGCGCGCUAGGCCCGCCGGCCGAUAACAACCCCGGGGGCCCAGCCGGCCCCGGCGGCGGAUCCCCGGAAUCGGCAGGGGCCGGAUCCCGGAGUCAGCCAAAAUCCCGGUCGGGUGCGAGCACGGUGUCGUGGAAAGACCUGCCUCGCAAGGGUCAGCUCAUUGUCAUCACCCUCACCCGCCUGAGCGAGCCGCUAGUACAGACCUCGAUCCAGUCGUACAUGUUCUACCAGCUCAAAUGGUUUGAUCCGACUCUACCCGACUCGGCCAUCUCCGCGCAGGCCGGUGUCCUACAUGCGAGUUUUACGGCUGCUCAAUUUUUGACGGCUAUGUUAUGGGGACGUGCAGCGGAUUCUAGUCGGUUUGGUCGUAAGAACGUCAUCUUCAUUGGCCUUCUAGGCACGAUGCUUUCAUGUAUAGGGUUUGCAUUCUCGACUUCCUUCCGCCAGGCCCUGUUUUUCCGGGCCCUUGGAGGUGUGACCAACGGAAACGUGGGAGUGCUCAGGACCAUGAUUAGCGAAAUAGUCAGAGAGAAGAAGUACCAGUCAAGAGCCUUCUUGCUCCUCCCCAUGACGUUCAACAUCGGCGCCAUUAUCGGUCCCAUCCUCGGUGGCCUCCUUUCCGACCCAGCGGGAAGUUAUCCUGGAUUGUUCGGUGACGUUGAAUUCUUCAAACGCUUCCCCUACGCCACACCCAACAUUGUGUCGGCCUUCUUCCUGUUUGGCGCGAUGCUUUGUGCUUGGCUUUUCCUUGAAGAGACUUUGGAUUCACGCUUCGAUAAGCGAGACCGAGGCCUCGAACUCGGACGAAAGAUUCGGUCAUGGAUUCGGGGCCGCUCCACCGGCCGGGGCUAUACGCUCGUCCCUGACGAAGAUGACGAUAGCACGCUUGAUUUGGUUGAGAGACGAGGAGACACCCGCCCUCGGCAAUCCUCCGUCAGCAGCAUCCGCCUCCAAACACCUACAACACCGACCCGGCCCAGGCGCAAGUACACCCAGCGGCUCCCCUUCCGCCGGAUCUUCACCCCCAACGUCCUCUGGACGUUCGUCGCCAACUUCCUCCUCACGUUCCAUAUAGGCGGCUUCAACUCGCUCUGGUUCGUCUUUUUAUCAACUCCCGUCUACGAUCCGUCUGGGACGCGAUCGUCUGAGCUUCCCGAAGACGCCCCCAGGCGCCAACUACCCUUCGUUUUCACCGGCGGUCUUGGCCUGCAUCCGCGUGAGGUUGGCAUGGCCAUGUCCAUCCUGGGUGUUAUCGGUAUCAGCAUGCAGCUCGGGAUCUACCCGCGCCUGUCUGCGCGCCUCGGCACUAUCCGCAGCUGGCGAUUGUUCAUGACCGUCUUCCCCCUGACGUAUUUCCUGAUUCCCUACCUGAGUAUCGUGCCCUCUGCGAGCCCCCCUCCACACGCUAAGGACGGAUUCCUUGUCUGGGGCGCUAUCGUGUGCGUCCUGUUUCUCCAGGUUGUCGGGCGCACGUUUUCGCUGCCGUCUCAAGCGAUUCUCGUCAACAACUGCACGCCCCACCCGAGUGUGCUGGGGACGGUCCAUGGGAUUGGGCAGAGCGUGAGCAGUUUGGCGCGAUCUACGGGUCCGGUCCUAGGUGGGCUCGUGUAUGGGUUCGGGUUGUCGCAUGGCGUGGUUGGGAUCGUGUUUUGGGGGAUGAGCGCCGUGGCUUUGUGUAACAUUGUGGUGAGCAGGUUUGUGAGAGAAGGGGAUGGCCAUGAAAUUUGGUUAGAGGGGGAUGUCGAGGAGAAUGAAUCGGUGGAACGGACUGUGUAA